CUUUAACUUAAUGCACUACUUCAGCAGUGCAUACAAAACGAACAGGCCUGUAGAGUUCGGGGAUUCACUGGUUUACCGUAUCGCAUCGUUCGGUAUCAUAUGACACUUGUGUCGGUACUUAUCAGAAAUAAGCAGAAAGUUUCAUGCGUCAUUAUAUUGUGUACGUGGAGAAGAUAGCAACGAAAAACUUGGAAUAGUUUGUGAAGUUUUUAUAUUUUGUAUCAUUUAUCAUUUCUUGCUUUGAGGAACAUACGAAAGUUGAUACAAAAUUGCUCAUAUAGAUAAGAGCGCGUGAUUUCUACAAAAAUGGGUUCUAAUAGUAGCAAGCAAGAAAAGAAUAAUUGUCCUGAUAGGAAUCCAUUUAAAAAAAUAUCAAAGACAGAUGCAAACUUUGAAUAUAAUUUUCCAAAGUAUAACAGUAAUACUGCAAUGGUCCAAGAUCCACAUAAUUAUUUACACAAGCAUGUCAGUAAACAAUAUGUAUCUAAGAAUUCUUCUAAUCAUUUACCAUAUAAUGAUUUUUCCAAAUCAACUAUCAAGCCAAGUAGUGCUAGUUUAAAUAAACAUUCACAUUCAAUAAUAUGUAAGGAUUGUCAAAGUAGCCACAUAAAUUCAGACUUGGGUAAAUUGAGUGUACACUGUAAACUGUAUAACAAAUCAUCUCAAACUAAUCGCAAAGAUACAGUUGAUGUUCAGUCUAAUGCAAAGAAUAUUCUCCUUCAUACGGGAGAAAACAAUUUUGAAAACAAAACAGUUCGCACUGAAAGUAAGAAAUCUAUAAGUAUGCACCACUCACCAUUAAAAGUACUCACAAAGGAUAAUUUUGCAUUAAUGUGGUUUUCAUGGAAGAAUGAAUUUCUCACAUACAUGAAAUCUGCUGAUCAAGCAGAAAACAAUAAAGAAAAGUGGGGUAUGAUGCUUUUGAAUCGUGUGGGUCCAAUUGGACAAGAAAUAUACAGAACUUUUACUUUUGACAAUGAUUAUUCAAAAGAAGACAUAAAUAUAUUGUUGAACAAAUUUGAUCACUAUUGUGCAUUUGAAAACAGGAAAAAAAGUACUGAUGAAGAUAUAGACAUAUAUGUGAAUAACUUAAAGGUAAUGGCAUUGCAAUAUACAAGCAAUGUAGAUGAGAUAGUGAAGAAAAAAAUUCUGGAAGACAUAGAUAUUGUUAAAUUUACGAAUAAUGCCAAGAGCUUGAUUCCAAAUUUCAUAUUUUCAUCAUACAUAAAAUCUUUAACUGUACAAGAAAUUACAUAUAUUUGGAUGAGAUCUGAGAAUAUAAAUUUUGUGAAAACUGAAAAGAUUGAUGGUAAUUUGGUAAAGAAUUGUGGCAAAUGCAGUUUAACACAUAUAAUAAGUAAAUGUCCCGCUUCUGGUAAACAAUGUAAUAAUUGUGGUAACAUGAACCACCAUCGGAACAGAUGUCCAUUUAACUUUAAAAAUAAUUGCCUAUAUUGUGGAGAAAGUCACUUCCAUCGACAAUGUCCUGCUUAUAUGAAUGAAUGUAGCAAAUGUCAUAGACCAAAUCACUUUUAUUGGAAAUGUCGAAUUGUAAAAAUUUUAAACUGCAAUUAUUGUGGUUUAACACAUAUCACAUCUAGAUCUACAUGUCCUGCAUUAAAUACUGUAUGUGUGAAAUGCUACAAAAGAGGUCAUGUUCCAGGAAAAUGUUGGAAAAAAUAAUGCAAAUUCCAACACAAUUUAAGGGUAUUAUUGUUAUUUAUAUCUUAUUUUUUUAUGUUUUGUUGAAUAUAUUUGUAUAUUCUAUAUUAAUUCAAGACAACA